UGUUGAUACCAUUACUGCUCAGAGAUUGCUGGAGGCACAAGCGUGCACCGGAGGAACCGUAAAUCCAGAAAACAGCCGUCGGGGCUCAGUGUCCAAGAGGCGUCCCGUCAAGAUAUAAUUAAUGAUGAUAUGACUGCUAAACUCAAGCCUGCUCAGAAAGUCUUCAUUGGCUUUGAGGGUGUCAAAACUGGCAAGAAAAUGUCCCCUGCCGAAGCCAUGAAAGAGGUGUGGCUACCUUAUGAGGCAGGCCAGAGGUUUAUGGAGUUCCAAUUUGUGACCGGGGGACUUUAUGACCCUGAACUGGGUCGUAGACGAACCACAGAAGAUGCUUUGAAAAUGGGCUGGAUUGACGGUAGCCUUGCGAUGAAACUCCAAGUCAUCAGAAACCACACAAAGAAUUUAACAUGCCCCAAGAGCAAACUGAAGAUCUCUUUUAAGGAGGUUCUGGACUAUUGUCUGGUGGAAGAGAGCGCCGGGCUGAGAAAGCUACCGGCGUGGUCCGUGUCCUCCAGGGGAAUUAGCAGUCCCUACAAUUUUGCCUCUGCCCCAGGAUCCAACACAGGGUCCAGGAGUGGCUCACGCCGAAGUUCCCGAAGGAGCAGCUUGGAUUUAGGCUCCCCCACCUCCUUGUCCACCACCAGUCAUACAGUCCCUUACCACCCUCUCCACUACAUCUCAAAUGAACAAAAAAUAGAAUCCAUCUAGUCACCGCACCAGUCAUAUCAUCGUUGCUACUUUAUUGUUGACAAAUCCGAAUGGUUGUUGGUUUUUUUUUAGUUUUUGGAGAGAGAAAAUUCCAAGGGGACCGAGCAAGGUGAAUGUAUCAAACAGGCCGAGGGAAUGCUAGCAUUGGGAAGCGACAACCGGUGU